AAGGAGGCACUGCCGAGCGCUCUAGCCUUCCACUGUCUCUGGCUGGGAGUGUGUCACUGGCCGGUCGCCUACUUUCCUCAGGUGAUCCUGGCCACAGCCUAUUGCCUGCGGCCGCCGGCGCAAUUUAGUUGCAGUCCCCGAAGCGUCCCAGAGUCCCUCCGGAGCGGCAGAGGCGGGUCCAUGGAGAAAGGUCUGGUGCGGGCGCCGGCGAAGCCGCGAAGCGCCAGGUGCAGUAAUGGGUUCCCCGAGGGGGAGCCGCCGCGACCCGGGCCGAGCGGGCCGGCCGAGAAGCCGCCGCGGCCGGAGACCAAGAGCGUCCAGCCGGCGGACGGCUGGAAGGGCGAACGGCCCCGCAGCGAGGAGGAUAAUGAGCUGAACCUCCCCAACCUGGAGGCCGCCUACUCAUCUAUCCUGCGCUCGCUAGGCGAGGACCCCCAGCGGCAGGGACUGCUCAAGACGCCGUGGAGGGCGGCCACAGCCAUGCAGUUCUUCACCAAGGGCUACCAGGAGACCAUCUCAGAUGUCCUAAAUGAUGCUAUAUUUGAUGAAGAUCAUGAUGAGAUGGUGAUUGUGAAGGACAUAGAUAUGUUUUCCAUGUGUGAGCAUCAUCUAGUUCCAUUUGUUGGAAAGGUUCACAUCGGUUACCUCCCUAACAAGCAAGUCCUUGGCCUCAGCAAACUUGCGAGGAUUGUAGAAAUCUAUAGUAGACGAUUACAAGUUCAAGAGCGGCUGACGAAACAAAUUGCCAUAGCAAUCACAGAAGCCUUGCGGCCUGCUGGAGUUGGGGUGGUGGUUGAAGCAACACACAUGUGUAUGGUAAUGCGAGGGGUACAGAAAAUGAACAGCAAAACUGUGACCAGCACGAUGUUGGGUGUGUUCCGGGAAGAUCCAAAGACUCGGGAAGAGUUUCUAACUCUCAUUAAGAGCUGAACUUCAGUGUGUGUCAUGUGCUUUGAGGAUCGUGCCACUGAUAGCGUUGUUUGGUCUUAAUUGUUUGUACAUUCCAUUUUCAAUUGUUACAGAUGUGAACUUUAUUCCUUGUCACUAAUGGUGUUUAAUAAUUAUUUAUAGCAAAUCAAAUAAAAAUAAUUAACAAAGGGGUGAGCCCUCUACUUUCUUCUUGCCACCUUUUAGUGGUAACUUUCAAGGAAACUGCCCAUAGUGUAAGUUACAUGCACAAAACCACUGCCAUUUGGAUAACCUUGAGGGUGCUGGGAAGGAAGAAAAAUACAAGUAUUUUGUUCAAAUACUGUGGUUACUGGGUUCAUAAGCAUAGGAAUGUUGGGAAUGGGGAAAAACUAUGUCCAAUAUACUAUCUCCCCCAGAUGGUGUAGGGCGUAAAAUAAUUUUUGUACACUGUGCAGCAUCGCUCUGCAAACUCAAAGUCCAACAGGUUUCACUUUAAUCACAUUUAUUAAACUGCCAGCGCACUUUAUUUUUUAUAAAUUUAUUUUUUGACUAUCCAGUUGUAACAUUAGUCACCAAAGGCAGGUGGUGGAAUAUCUAUGUUUUUGAUUUUGUGAGUUAAAAAGGCACAUUUCUACUUUCUAUUCUUUUUUAAAUUCAAGUACAGGGAAUUAGUUCCUAUUGUUUACAAGUGUAUUCUCAGGUCAACACACAGGGAUUUAGGCAUUUAACUCUCUGUGCCUUGAUGAGAAUAUCACACCACUUAGAGUGUAGAUACCUUGGCCCUUUUUUAAAAGCCAUUAUUCUAUGAGACUUAAGUAUUCACCCUGCAAGUAACUAGUCCUCACUGUUUUACCUUUAGGAGUUUCUUGCAAGCUUACUUUGUGUAUUCCUUGGAGAUGCCUCAAAACUUUUUUUUUUUAUCUUAACAAAUAUUUUUCUAAGUAUUUUCAGAAACUUUUGAGAAUGUCCAUCAUUUCCAGGUCUGCAGAACCAUAGCUUCUGUGAAUAGGAAAGCAUGCAGAAUGAACUGUGGACUGCAUUGUGAGUGAUAGCCAAUGUUCAAUGAAAGCUACAUUAUUGGUAUCUGUGAAAAUGCACUGUAAUUUUCUGGAAUUACUGGAAAUUAUUGGAAGCCCCCAUACUGGUUCCUCUUGUGCUCCAUAUGGGUCUGGUCUUCAAUAUAACUGUUCAAGUGGUAUACAGGUCUUCUUGUCCAGGAAGCUGUUGCCUUAUUAAUGACUCCUUAAAAUUUCCUCCACUAGGGCAGUCUGGGCCAAAUUAAAAUAAACAACAAAAAAACCCAACUUCCCUGCAAAAACAAAACCACAGUCAUUCCAUGGAAAAGUCUCUUAUUUAGUUGACAUUGUGCUCUUCAAAUUUAUUCCAUUACCUUAAGAAGAAUUAACUAUAGUGAUUACUAUAACCUUGAGAGUCCUGUCUCUGCCAUUUUGAUGUCAUUUGCCUUAUGAUGGGACAAGAUGGCAGAAGUGCUGUUUUUAAAAAAAAAAAUUCUUCCCUACUUCUAUUUCCUAUAUUUUUCUAUAUUUAGAGUUUCUGAAGUACAGUGGUAAUUUAUUUUGAGUUCCUUUUAAAAUCUAAUGUGAUAUAAACAUUAUCCUGCUUAGUAGACAUUUAGAAGUAGAAUUAAACACUCAUGUUUGGUAUUUUAAAGUAAAAACAGAUGUGACUUGGAGGACCAAAGAAAUUCUUAGCUAUAAAUUCAUCUUUCUGAGAUCAAUUGUAUUCCUUUUUAAUGAGUCUCUGUUCUAACAUUGCCUGGAAGUGUUCUCAUAAAGGUCUAAUGUAUCUACAGGCUGUUGUCUUAUGGGUAAAUGCAAAGUAAUAACCUUGUCUGUUUUACUGUAGUCGGUAGUACUUUAAAAUUACCUUUUCAUAUCCAUGGCCUCGAGUCCAUUUUGGGGAUUUUUAAGAAUUUGAUGCAUUUAGGUAUCCUGUUCAAUUAAAUUGUUUGAAUUUAAUGUGUGUGUAUAUCUAUUCCUGAAUUUGGUUCUAUUGAAAUUAUUAAAGUGUUAUAACUUA